AUAUGCACUUGAAGUUGGAAGAAGAGGGUUCAGGUUCUUGUUUCAUUGUCGAGUCGUUUGUUUUGAUUAUGGUUGUUGUUGGUUCUUAUGGAAAAUGUUUUGAACUUGUCAUUGAAUUGAGGGCAUCGGCAGAAGUAGCUGCAGACAGCCGGGUGUUGUGUUUGCAAUUUUUGUUUGCAACCUCGUUUUCGAUCAGUAUUUCUAAAAAAGAGCUUUUGAUCCAAACGCCUGCUCUUUCUCUUUAUUACUCAAUGUGUAGUAUUAAAUUACGAAUUUUUAUUUUUUGCGCCUAAGUAAAGUGUUGCCGUUCGAGUUGAUAAGACGAAAAAAUGCGCAAAAGCCAUUGCGAUCGGAUUCUGCUCCUUUUAUUAGCAGCUAAAGCAUGCCAAUGUACAUACACGUACGAAAAGAUCGGCGACUCUCGCUACUUCAUAGGCAAGGGGAACAGUGAUGAGCAAAUAUUCGACUGGUUUGAUGCGCGUCACAGUUGUCGAGCUCAAGGCGGCCAACUCGUAUCCGUGCAGACGGCCAAGCAGUUGAUUGAACUGGAGCACUAUAUAUUGGCUCAGGGAUAUCCCAAUGGAAGCAUGUUUUCCACAUCCGGUCACAGUUUCGAAAGUGAAUAUCCUUUCAAGUGGAGUGCGCUGGGUAAGAGCGUGACGUACACCAAGUGGUUGCCCGGCGAGGGUCCUCCGCUCAAUUCGUUUUUGAGCCUGCAGCUUGUCAACUCGGAGCUGUUUAUGGUAACGUCUUGGGGCUUUGAUCAGUUUUAUAUAUGUGAAUAUGAAACAAUAGGUGUUUGGUUAGUUACUAACUUAUAUAAUCCGUUUUAUUUAAUACUUGUGAUCCUCAUAUUAGUGUUCUUAUAUACGUUAAUAAAAAAAAAAAGAGCGGUACCUGAAGAAGAGCAGCUGCUUAAAAAUUAAGUAAAACUAUUUAGUUUAUUCAAAAUCUUGAUCGUAACAAUUUUAAAUUUAAACAGAAAUCCAAAAAAUUCGUUAUCGAUUCUUAUCAAAUGCUUGAAAUUGCGAUAAGCUGUGUUUAUACAUAUGUACAAAGAGUCAGACAGCUAAGUCAGAUAAGAUUAUAAUAAGUAUAUGUGAACUGAUUCACAACGCAGUAAACAAUCGAUAGCCAUAAAUACAUAUAUAUAACCUGUAAGUCCCACAAAGACUUCGAAUAUGCUCGAGACCGUAAAUCUCUCAGUUGAUCAAAGAGCAAAAGACUUCGAGAGACAUAUGUGUGAUAGAAAGGCAUCGCUUAUUUUUGCCACUACAAGAAACUGCCUUGGCUUACUCUCAGUGCUCUCAAUAGAUUUAUAAUCUAAUCAAGCCUUGAGUACAAAAAGAACGAGAUGCAAAGUCACUCUGAGCACUUGUGACCGUUUCAAAACUCAAGCAAGGCACAUUAGGUUGUUCUGCAAAC